AUGGAAAGUUCAUGGAGGGAUCUGGCCUUUGAGUUGAGAAGCUUCUUGGAGGAGUGGUUGGAUGGUGUUAACGUAAAGGAUUUCGAAUCAUUGAAAGAUUUUAUGGUUGUAGAUCAAAUUAAAAGAAGAGUUGGAAAUGAAGUUCGGGAACAUUUUGUCGACACAUGGACAAAAAUCUCGUCUUCAUCUAAGCUAGCCGAUCUCCUUGAUGAUUACGACGGCGUAAGAAGAAGCUCAAAAACUGGACAUAUUCCUGGUAAUGAUAGGAAACGAACAAAUGGGAAUUUUGAAAAGAAAAAUCCAGUUGUCCAUGACAAAAAUGCAAUGAACACUGAUUAUAAGAGACCGAAUAGUCCUCGGAAUUGGAAGCAAGAACGUUCCGAUCGGCGUCAAUGUUUCGAGUGCGGAUCAUCGCAACAUUUAAGAGCCCAGUGCCCAAAGCUAGCUAAGAUGAAGAAUUUCUCAAGGAUUAACCGCGUGACAAGACGUUUGGUAGAAACGACAAGCGAGAAAAGUGGAUCGCAGAGAUUUCCAGAGAAUGUUGCUGAAAAUCAGACUGAUGAAGGUACGAUUCUCACAACACAGUUAAAGGCACCAGAAAAAGAAAUAACACGAAUCAGCCCUCUACAGAAAAUACCAGUGAAAAUUGAAGACAAUACAUUUGAAGGUAUCGUGGAUACAGGUGCUGAAAUCACCGUCAUCAGACAGGAUAUAAUUGAUUCUUGCUCUAAACAAGGAGAGGGCAGCAUAAAAAUUAUAUCAGCCUUUGGGGAAGAGGAACUUGCCCCAUUAGUUACUAUCAAUGUAAAAAUUAAUGAUGGGAAGCAUGGCAAUGUUCCUGUUACUUGUGCAGCAUCGAAGAAACUAAUAAGCGACAUGCUGAUCUCCUCGACUACAUACGAAGCAUUAUGUAAGAAAAUAGAGGCACAUACCUUAUUACCCGUGAUAAAUAAUGUAGAUUCGGAGCAACCUGUCCAUGAAGAGCCAAAUCAAGAAGAUAAUGAAGAAAGUCCAUUGGAGGAGAAAAUUUGUUUCUCGAAGUUACAAAAAGAUGACUCUCUGAAGACGGCAUGGGCAUUUGGCAAUUCCCAACAGAAUGGUUAUUCAGUUGAAGAUGGCAUCUUAUUGCACUCUGAAUGGGUAUGUGGAGAAAAGGUGAAACAGGUAGUGUUGCCAGAAUGUAAACGGAAGUGUGUGCUUAAGGCAGCGCACGAGUUACCAUUGGCAGGUCAUCUGGGAGAGAGAAAGACGAAGGAAAGAAUAAAGUACUCAUUCUACUGGCCAGGAAUAAAGAAAGAUGUCAAAGAAUUUUGUCAGUCUUGCAAACAGUGCCAAGUUAGGAGGGCAAUUACAUACAGAGAUAGGAUCCCAAUACAGCCUAUCAUCAGACCAGAAAAUCCUUUUGAAGUUUGGAGCAUUGAUUGUAUAGGUCCACUGGAGCCUCCGUCCAGGAGAGGACACAAAUUCAUCAUCUGCGCUAUUGACCUGUGUACACGUUGGGCAGAAGCUAUCCCAGUAAGAAAUAUUACUGCGAAAACUACGUGUGACGUGCUCAUGAAAAUUUUUACAGCUACAGGAUUUCCUGAAGUCGUUUGCACUGACCAAGGUACUAACUUUACAUCGACUUUAACUAAAGAAUUCCUGAAAGUGAUUGGCACCGCACCAAGAUUUGCUACUCCCGGGCAUCCGGAAAGUAUGGGUGCAGUUGAGCGAUGGAAUAAAACCUUAAAAGAAAUGCUCAGCAAGAAUAUCCAGGAAAAUGGAAAAGAUUGGGACAUACAUCUGCCAUAUCUGUUAUUCGCGUAUAGGGAAGUACCACACAGUACAACAGGACUGUCACCAUUUCAAAUGGUCUAUGGAAGGUUACCCAGAGGGCCCUUGUCUCUGAUGAAAGAUUUCUGGACCGGAAAAAGAAGAAUCCCCGUAGGUGUUUCCAGAUCCAUUGAGAGUUAUUUAGAAAAUUUGCAGGAAAAUUUAGGAAAGGCUCAUGGCAUUGCCAUGGAGAAUGCCGAAAAAAACCAGGCAGAAUAUGCAAGAAGAUAUAACUUGCGAGCUCGUGAGAAGACCUUUCAAGUAGGAGAAAAGGUUCUGAUUUUGGAUUCAGCUUCUUCUCAUAAGCUGUUAAAGAAAUGGAUCGGGCCAGUGAGUAUUGUUGCUUUUACAAGACCCCAUUCAGUACUCGUCAAGAUGGAAGAUGGUACGAAUAAAGAGAUUCAUGUCAAUAAAAUUCGACCAUACAUAGCACGACUUGAGCAAGUCGGAGUGAUAUAUGACCAAGACAAUGAAUUUGGAGAAAUAUUUCCUGCCCCAACCAAUUGCAAUCAGAAAAGCAAAAUCAGUCGUGAUAUAUGA